UACAUUUGUGUGCAUUUCUGUGUGCAUUGUCUAAGUGUCUAAUGGCAUCUUAGAGAAACAGGGCAAUUGAGCGCUAGACAGACCAGGCACAUUAAUAACAGCACCUUACGACAGAGGUGAGAAGCAUUGGAAUAUCUUGCCUCCUCUAUCUUUACUACUGUUUGUCUGCGUCGGCUCGCUGUCUUUAUCUCUCCUUCUCAUCCUCCCUCCUCCUUCUGUCUCUUCUGCUCCCUCUGUCUAUCCCCCCCCCUCUCCCCUCCUCCCCCGCUGUCUCGAGAGUGUGUUGGAGCCGGUAGCAGGUACAGCAGGAGCCCAUUAGUGCGGAGCCCCGCUCUGAUUGGAUAAGCCAGAAGGAACCGGGAGACUGCCUCUGAAUAAUUGAUGUGCAUUGUGCAGACGCCGGACAAGGGAAAAAGACAGAUCAGAGAGCAGGGGAGGAGAAAGAGAGUGAGCGAAAAGAGAAAGAGAGAGGAAGACAGAAGAGGGGAGAGGAAGUAAGGGAAGAAAGAGUCAGCAGAGUAAAGGAUAUGUGCAGAGAGUGACAGUGAUAAGGUGCAGGCAGAAGGCUUGGAAGCAGCAAAAGCUUUGAGAGUUUCCACUGGCCUCUGCGGGAACAGGAGCAUUUGUGACACUUGAGUCUUUUCGCUGCGCUAUGAAGGGAAUGAGAUGAGAUGUGCAGGGACUUUGCUUGGCUCUGGCCCUGCUGUCGUCGUGGUGCGAGGAGCUGGGUCGUCUCCUCCUGCUGCGUCAUCAGAAGAGCAGGCAGAACGAAUCGCAGGGAAAAGUCCCUAUGCAGCCCAGUAUGAACAGCAUGAAGCCCGGCCUCACACACAGUGAUGGAUCCUUUCCCUAUGACUCUGUCCCCUGGCAACAAAACACUAACCAGCCCCCUGGGUCAUUGUCUGUGGUUACAACAGUGUGGGGUGUAACCAAUACAUCACAGAGUCAGGUGCUGGGUAACCCAAUGGCUAACAGCAAUAACCCCAUGAAUCCUGGGGGUAACCCUAUGGCAUCGGGUAUGUCUGCCAGUGCAGCAGGCCUCAACUCUCCCCAGUUCAAUACUCAGCAGCAACAAUUCCCCACAAAAGGAGGCUCCAACCAGCCAUACAUGCAACCAGGCAUGUACGGCAGACCUGGCUACCCUGGAGGUCCUGGGGGAUACAGUGGGAGUUAUUCUGGAGGCCCUAACCCGCCUCCAGGAGGUAUGGGGAUGACCUCCCAUACACGUCCUCCUGGUGACUUUGCACAGCCAGCUGCUGCUGCUGCUGCCGCUGCUGUCGCUGCUGCUGCUGCUACGGCAACAGCCACAGCAACAGCCACUGUGGCAGCUCUGCAGGAGACCCAGAAUAAAGAUAUGAACCAGUAUGGGCAGAUGUGUUCAUCGUUCCAAAUGGGCCCUACUCAGGCUUACAGUAGCCAGUUCAUGAACCAGCCAGGCCCACGAGGCCCCCCUGGAGGUAUGAAUCCAGCCAGCAUGGGAUCAGCUAUGAACAAUCCUAAUAUGAGUGGGCCUCCCAUGGGCAUGAACCAGGCUCGAACCCCAGGCAUGGGACCUUUUGGUGCUCAUGGCCAAAGGAUGCCUCAGCAAGGCUAUCCUGGAGGACCUCGACAAGGCAUGCCAAUGCAGGGGAUGAAGAGGCCAUAUCCUGGGGAGGCAAGUUAUGGAGGCCAGCAGUACGGGCCUAACAGUCAGUUCCCACCACAGCAGGGGCAGUACCCCACAUCAAAUGCCACCAGGCCGCUGCCCUCUCCUAACUACCCGGGACAGAGGAUGCCAGGGCAGCAGGGCCAAGGACAAUACCCACCUGGCAUGCCCAUGGGCCAGUACUACAAGCAAGAGCCCUUCAAUGGUCAAAGUACCAACUUCUCUGGUGGUGGAUACUCCUACGGCCAAGGAAAUGGGCCCCCUAGGCCGGGUAACUACCCUCACUCGCCAGUCCCUGGAAACCCCACACCCCCUAUGACCCCAGGAAGUAGUAUUCCUCCGUACCUUUCGCCAAACCAGGAUGUGAAGCCCCCAUUUCCACCCGACAUGAAGCCAAAUAUGACAGCACUUCCGCCCCCUCCAUCUAACCCCAAUGAGGAGCUGCGGUUGACGUUCCCAGUCAGAGACGGGGUGGUGCUGGAGCCUUUCCGCCUGGAGCACAAUCUGGCUGUCAGUAACCACGUCUUCCACCUUCGACCGUCCGUCCACCAGACCCUCAUGUGGAGGUCAGACCUUGAGCUCCAGUUUAAGUGCUACCACCAUGAAGACAGGCAGAUGAACACCAACUGGCCCGCCUCCGUCCAGGUCAGUGUCAACGCCACGCCCCUCACCAUCGAGAGGGGGGACAACAAAACCUCCCACAAACCCUUGCACCUGAAGCACGUCUGCCAACCGGGAAGAAACACCAUCCAGAUAACCGUCACUGCCUGCUGCUGUUCCCACCUGUUUGUGCUGCAGCUGGUCCACAGGCCAUCUGUGCGAUCCGUCCUCCAGGGGCUCCUAAAGAAGAGACUCCUUCCUGCAGAACACUGCAUCACCAAGAUUAAGAGGAACUUCAGCAGCGUAGCGGCCUCAGCAGGCAACACCACUCUUAACGGGGAAGAUGGCGUGGAACAGACGGCAAUUAAAGUGUCGCUGAAAUGUCCCAUUACUUUCCGGCGCAUCCAGCUACCUGCACGAGGGCAUGACUGCAAACAUGUCCAGUGCUUUGAUCUGGAAUCCUACUUGCAGCUCAACUGUGAGAGGGGGACAUGGAGGUGUCCUGUAUGCAAUAAAACGGCAUUAUUAGAAGGUCUGGAGGUGGACCAGUACAUGUGGGGAAUCCUAAACGCCAUUCAAAAUUCAGAGUUCGAGGAAGUCACUAUAGAUCCAACAUGUAGCUGGCGACCUGUCCCCAUUAAGUCUGAGCUACACAUCAAAGAGGACCCUGACGGACCACUUGCCAAGCGCUUUAAGACUAUGAGCCCCAGUCAGAUGACCAUGCCCAAUGUGAUGGAGAUGAUCGCCCAGCUAGGGCCUGGCCCUGGCCCAGGACCUGGUCCUGGCCCUGGCCCUGGUCCCAGCCCCUACCCCCCUCACCCAGGUCAACAUGGCAGUGGCAACGGGGUAGAUUACCCAGGAGCAGGCAAUAGCUACCAUGGCCAAGGGAACUUUGACUUCCCUCACGGAAACCCUGCUGGUGGUGGAGUUGGAGGAGGUGGAGGCGGCCCCCCCAUGAAUGACUUCAUCCAUGGCCCCCAGCUCUCCCACCCUCCAGAUGGACCUGGUGGUCUUCUCUCCCAAGACAAGCCCCUCAGCCACGGCAUGAAUGAUGCAAUGUCCCAUCCCGAUCAGUCACAUAACUCCAUGCAGCAGAGCUUGCAUGCGUCUCCCCACCCUGGCAGCCAAACAGGGCCGCCCUUGCAUCACAGUGGCCAGUCAGGGCCGCCCUUGCAUCACAGCGGCCAAUCAUCGCAGCCGCCUCGCCAGUCGCAGCCUCAGCAGCCUGGGCAGAACAGUCACCCCCACAGCGAUCUGAACUUUAACCCCUCCUCAGAUGGGCAGAUGGGUCAGGGAGCCCAGGAUAUGCCUGAACCCUCGCUGGAUCUGCUUCCAGAGUUGGCCAACCCAGACGAGUUACUAUCAUACCUGGAUCCUCCCGACCUUCCCGCCAACAGCAACGAUGACCUUCUCUCCCUCUUCGAGAACAACUAGCCCCUCACCUCCCCUUCAAACCCUCCUCUCACCUACAGGAGUCAUGACAUGUUUGACUGUCCGUCCACACACGUCACUGACCUCCGAUCGACACUUCAAGCAGCUUCCUGUGCUCACACACGCACACACAUACACACAGUCUCUCAACAGAUAAUGUGUGACAUAGGAGCACGGCUGAAAAGAGGCACCUGUAUGGGAACUUCAAGGGAGAAGGCAGGAAUGCCACUCAUCCCCUACACUCCCUUUUUGUCCUUGUGUAAAGAUUCCACUCACCAGUUCCACCGCCUCUGACUCUAAACACACCAUUUACAGCCAUGUUGGCGGGCACUAAAGUGAUAUUAUAUAUAUACAUAUAUGAUAUUUGUGACUUUUCAACUGAAAACUGUGCAGCUAUAAUCAUCAUGUGUGAACAACACAGAGGAGACAGGAGCCUUUGUGAGCUCGAGGUAAAGUGUUGUAGCUUUUUAUUUUAUAUUAUUAUCAUGAUUUUCCUUUUGUGAAAAAAGACAAGAAUCUGAGGGGAAAAAACAUCGUCUUUUUAAGAGUGUUUUUAUCCUAUUUGAAAUGUGUUCUUCCAAAACUUUGGCACAUGCCAUGCCCUUUGACCCCUUAUUUCCCUGUGUGUGUGUGUGUGUGUGUGCGUGUGCGUGUGACAGUUGACUAACUGGAAGUCAGCACGACCUCAUCAGAAUCAGAGCAGUGAAAGGAUGAGCUUAAAUGUCCUCGAGUGUCAACAGAGGAAAACGAGCGCACAUUGCGCAAUCUAGUGUGUGAGUGAUUGUGCGCGUGUGUGUAUUUGUGUUCUCUUUGGUUUGCCUGCGAGCGAUUGUUAAAGGCAGCGGGGAGAGAAAGUUUGAGACAGAAAAGGGAAGAAAAACAUUGAAUGGAAGAACGAGAAAACAAUCCACCUUGAGAGCUGUCUCAGUCCUCUUUUUUUUUCUCCACUGGGUCUGCAGUCGUUCUUGUGGUAUUUAUUGUAACAUUUCGCUCUUCCUCAUCCAAUUCAGCACCAUUUUGUGCAUGUGUGCCAAUGGCUCCUGUUGUCUUUGUUCAGCCUAAAUGUGCUCGAUCAAAUCGUUUUCUCACGUCUUUAUAUUUAUUAUUUUAUUUCAAACUCAUCUGUUUUUUUUUUUAUUGUUGUCCUUUUAUUGUGUGUUUUAUCUUUGUCCCACAUUAAGACUAAUCAAAUACACAUCACCAAAGUUCUUAUUUUUUUUGUACAGGGUUUGGGCCUGGAUAGUAUGUUGGUAUAACAUCUUACAGACAUCUACAGAAGUUUUUAAAUUACUGUAUUUUAUAGAAAACAUCUGUGUGAUUUUAUUGACUUUUCCUUUUGUUGUUACUGUUGAACUGCAUCCUGUUUUGGGGAAAAAAAACAUCCUGCAUGAUCCAACAGUGUUUCCAGAGCUGUUGUAUAUACCCUUUGUGAAUACUUUGUGACUGUACAGUACUGUACCUAUCUAUGACUGGCAACUACACGGUACUGUAUGUCUGUUAAGGACUACACACACUCUCACAAACACACGCACACAAUCCCCGAUAACCAAUCCAAUAUUGUAAUGAAUUGAUCCAAAUGCACUCUCACUGGCCUUGUGUUGAGUACCUGUGUAUUGGUGUAGGGUUUUUCCAUCACCUUAUGGUAACUCAUCAGUGAAAAGGAACAUUUAAAUUACUCAGCAGGCGAGUUAAAAAUUAGUAAUUUUUUUAUUCAUUUUGUUUUUUUGUAUCUAAAAAUAUGUCAUCUUUACAUGAGCUGAUUUUUCUGUCCAAAAAGAUUGUUGAUUGAUGCAGCUUAGAGGUCCAAAUUAUCCCAAAAAUAUUUGUUUAAUGUCAUUGGAACAUGCUCGUUAUUUAAAGUGAGAAUUUGCAAAUGUCCUUCAGAUUGUUUCGAGGCCUAAUAUGAACUUUUGAUAACCAUACUUUGCAAAAAUGUGUGAACGUGAUUCAUGUAUUUUCAUCACAUUUUAUAUUGUUUCAAGUUUUAAGUUAUUAUUUUUGUCCAGUGUUUUUAAUGACAGAUAUAAUUUGGUUUACACAGUUUUAUGCAGUAUAGUCAACUUAAAAUAUGCUGUGUGUUGGAAGCUAAAAAGUUCCCCAGUUUGAGAUUUGUAAUCCUUUAGAAGAACCAAAUAUGUCUUUACUGGUCUUUAAAGUUGAUCAAAUCACCUGCAUAUGACACAGCUGAAGGAUCAGACGUUGUUUUUCUCUGUUUGUAUGUUUGUUAAAGACAAUGCACUGCCGCAUUGGGAUAUUUUAUCUCCCUACACAGUGUGUAACUGUAACCUUUCACAUCACUUGUAGAAAUUUGAGCGAUACAAAUUGGUACUGUCUGAUUGCAGACAGCGGAAAUUCAUUUGAGGAUUUAAAAGAGAAUGCAAUUAACAUUGUAAAAUGAAAUGUGGGGGAGCCUUCCUCCUGUUUGCAUUACAAGGGGAGAUUGUGGCAAAGGGUGGGGUGGGGAUGUAAGGGAUAUGUGUAUAUAAUGUAAAUGACAAAUAGAGACACAUUAACAGAAAUGUAUUCAUUUUCUCCAGGGGGAGUGUGCAUAGUGUAUUUAGAAUUUGUAAAGCUUGCAUCCUCCUGUCAGACUUUGAAUUGGGAAAAUGAGUCUGUGUUUGAUUGCGUCUGUGCAGACCUCUCUAACCACGCCUGUUCAUUUAUGUAAAAUACUUUAUGUACCCCUCCACGUGGGGUUUCCAAGAAAAAAGACAGUUUUCCUUUGUGUAAUAUUAAACUUCUGUGUAUUUCUCUAUUACCUGUGUACUUUAUAAAGGUGCUACAAAAUUAUUAAAACCUUUUGAGGUAUAAUUGGGACUUGGAGACAUUGAGCCUUGAGUGGCUCCUAGUGUUUGUUUCCAAAUUUACAGUUUGUAAAAAAAACAAAAAUUGUCAAAUUUAUAAUUUUUAUGCAAUUUGGCAAAAUAUGCUAUAAAGGUACAAUCUGAAGUGAUUGGCACAACAAGUGGCAGUUGUCUCUUUGGUUUUGUACAUUCUAUGUACAAUCAUUUCAUAUUCUAAACUGGUCAGAAAAACAUUGUGAUUUUUAGUCUUGCAAAUCUGUAUGUAGUUAGAUGACGUGACAUCCUAAUAUUUAUCUAAUAAAUAUGUAU